AUGGAACAGCAACAUAAUCUGAGUGUCCUACUACUCAUUUUGGGGUUUCUGGUUGUCUGCAAGGUCCAAGGCAACGUUCAUUAUUAUGAUUUCGUUCUGAAGGAGAAAAACUUCACAAAGUUGUGCAGCACAAAAAGCAUAUUGACGGUGAACGAUAGCUUUCCAGGGCCAACCAUUCAUGUUCAAAAGCGUGAUACCGCUUUUGUUACUGUUCAUAACCAAGGAAGAUAUGGGGUCACUAUUCACUGGCAUGGGGUAAGAGAACCAAGGGAUCCUUGGUCAGAUGGACCUGAGAACAUAACACAAUGCCCUAUUCCACCAGGAACAAGUUUCACACAAAAGGUGGCCUUUACAGUGGAAGAAGGAACUCUUUGGUGGCAUGCCCAUAGUAGUUGGACUCGUGCCACUGUCCAUGGUGCCAUUGUCAUUUUACCUGCCAAUGGAACUUCAUAUCCUUUCCCUGAACCUUAUCAACAAGAAACGCUUAUCAUUGGAGAAUGGUAUAAGGGAGAUGUGAUGCAAAUUAUAAAUUCAGCCCUCGUAAAUGGUGGCGAGCCCAAUGCAUCAGAUGCUUACACCAUCAAUGGCCAACCUGGUGACUUGUAUAAUUGCUCAAGAGAAACAACAUAUCGCGUUCUAGUUGAUUAUGGAAAGACGUAUCUUUUUCGUAUAAUAAAUGCUGCAAUGAACGAAGAACAUUUCUUUGGGGUUGCUAAUCACAACCUCUCAGUUGUAGGCAUUGAUGCUUCUUACACAAAGCCCUUAAACACCAAUUUCAUCAUAAUCACCCCUGGACAGACAAUGGAUGUAUUGAUCACAGCAAACCAACCAAAAGGUCUCUAUUACAUUGCUGCUAGGCCUUUUUAUGAUGGCAUUGCCAUGUAUGACAAUUCUACCACAACAGCUAUUCUACAGUACAGUGGGAAUUACACACCAUCCUUAUCCAUUCCCAUGCCUAUGCUUCCUGCAGUGAAUGACUCAGCAACAGUAUUUAAUUUUACUAAGAGCUUGAGGGGUUUGGCAAGCCAAAAUCACCCUAACAAUGUGCCAACAAAUGUGACUAGAAAAAUUUAUAUGACAGUAUCCAUGAAUGAAUUACCUUGCCAGAAUCCAAAUGGAAGUUGUUUAGGACCUAAUGGAACGAGACUGGCUUCAAGUUUAAACAACAUAAGUUUUCAGAUUCCACAGAUUGAUAUACUUAGAGCAUACUACUGGAACAUUUCAGGAGUUUUCACUGAAGACUUUCCGGAUGAACCACCUUUCUUUUACAACUUCACAGGAGAUGUGGGAGGAAAUGCUUUAUUCCCAAGCACAGGAACCAGGGUGCUAAUGUUUGACUACAACGAUGUUGUUGAACUUGUGUGGCAAGGAACUAGUCUUCUUACUGCAGAGAAUCAUGCAAUGCACCUUCAUGGUUUUAGCUUCUUUGCGGUGGGUGUUGGCACAGGAAAUUUUAACAAUGUGACAGACCCAAAAUCCUACAAUUUAAUUGAUCCACCAGAAGUUAAUACCAUUGGUCUUCCUAAGAAUGGAUGGAUUGCCAUGAGAUUUGUUGCAAACAAUCCAGGGGUCUGGUAUAUGCAUUGUCAUCUUGAAAGGCACACCAGUUGGGGUAUGGAUACUGUGCUCAUUGUGAGAGAUGGAGGUACCCCACAAACUAGCAUUGUUCCACCUCCUAAAUACUUGCCACCUUGUUCUCAAUGA